GAGGCUGAUCGCCUCUGCAGCCCGGAGGAGCGGCGGUAGUAACCCCGAUCGCGAGCCCGAUCGCGACCCCCGCCGGUGGUGGUCCUGGUCCGUGUCCGCCGCCGCCAUGCCCACCUCGGUGCUGUGGGCGGUGGACCUGUUUGGGAGGGUGUACACGCUGUCCACGGCCGGGCAGUACUGGGAGCUCUGUAAGGACGUCCAGCUGGAGUUCAAGCGGGUCAGCGCCACCGCUCAGUGCUGCUGGGGCAUCGCCUGCGACAACCAGGUCUACGUGUACGUGUGCGCCAGCGACGUCCCCAUCCGCCACCGUGAGGAAGCCUACGAGAACCAGCGCUGGAACCCUAUGGGUGGCUUCUGUGAGAAGCUUCUUCCCAGUGACCGCUGGUCAUGGAGUGAUGUGAGUGGGCUCCAGCACCGGCCGCUGGACGGGGUGACACUGCCCUCACCGCACUGGGAGUGGGAGUCAGACUGGUACGUGGAUGAGAAUUUUGGAGGGGAGCCCACCGAGAAAGGGGGGUGGACAUAUGCCAUCGACUUUCCUGCCACCUACACGAAAGACCAGAAGUGGAAUUCUUAUGUGCGCCGGCGGAGGUGGAUCCGGUACAGGAGAUACAAGUCCCGAGACACCUGGGCCAAGAUUCCUUCAAAAGAUGACCCCAAGCAUCUGCCGGACCCCUUCAAUGACCUCUGUGUAGGGGGGUGGGAGGUCACAGACGAGCCCGUGGGCCGCCUGUCCGUGUGGGCGGUUUCUCUGCAGGGAAAGGUGUGGUACAGAGAGGAUGUCAGCCACCCCAACCCCGAAGGCUCGUCGUGGUCCCUCGUGGAUACCCCGGGGGAGGUGGUCCAGAUCAGCUGUGGGCCCCAUGACCUGCUAUGGGCCACACUCUGGGAGGGGCAGGCCCUGGUCCGGGAAGGAGUCUGCAGGAACAACCCCAAAGGAAGUUCCUGGUCCACAGUGGAGCCCCCCACAUCUGAAAACGGAAUCAUGCACGUGUCUGCGGGCGUCGGCGUGGUCUGGGCUGUCACCAAGGACCGGAAAGUGUGGUUCCGAAGAGGCGUCAACUCGCACAAUCCCUCUGGCACCAGCUGGAUCGAGAUGGUCGGGGAAAUGAUGAUGGUGAACGUGGGGCUGAACGACCAGGUCUGGGGCAUCGGCUCUGAGGACCGGGCAGUGUACUUCCGUCAGGGAGUCACCCAGAGUGAGCUCAGUGGGAAGACCUGGAAAGCCAUCGUCGCCAGCAGAGAGUCUGACCGCUCGCACUCUGGCAGCUCCUGCAGUCUCCUCAGCGCCGGCUGCUUCUUUGGGGAUGAGGUGAGGGGCAGUGGCGAGUCCUGUGCACCCAGCGACACGGAUGCCUCCUCGGACGCCGAGAGACCCGGGUCUGACCCGGUUGACCCUGCAGAGCCUUUGCACAGUGCCAGGCACCCCAGGGGCAGCUCGGCCUCCGGCCCAGGCGGGACCACGGAGCGUGCUGGGGAGGUGACCACAGGGCCCGAGUCACGCCCUGGCCCGCCCUCCACGCCAGCCGAGCUGCCCUGGACCAAUAUCGAUCUAAAGGAGCCCAAGAAGGGACCCAACCACUCGGCCGCCGGCUUCCCCGAGCCCAGCAGCCUGUCCUCGGCAGGGCUUCUCCCUCUGGGGUUGGAGGAGCCCUAUGGCGCUGACGACCACCCGCUGUGGGCCUGGGUGUCAGGAGGGGGCUGUGCUGUGGAGGCCCAUGCCGUGCUCAAGUGGUUCAGCCUCCAGUCAGGCCUGUCCCCCUCGGUGCAGACGCUGUCCCUGUCCAUCACGCCGGCCCAGACUGCCGCCUGGCGGAAGCAGAUCUUCCAGCAGCUCACAGAGAGGACCAAGCGGGAGCUGGAGAACUUCCGGCACUACGAGCAGGCCGUGGAGCAGUCGGUGUGGGUGAAGACGGGGACCCUGCAGUGGUGGUGUGACUGGAAGCCCCACAAGUGGGUGGACGUCCGUGUGGCCCUGGAGCAGUGCACGGGGCAUGACGGGGCUCGGGACAGCAUCCUCUUCAUCUACUACGUGGUGCACGAGGAGAAGAAGUACAUUCACGUGUUCCUCAAUGAGGUGACGGUGCUGGUCCCCGUGCUGAACGAGUCCAAGCACUCCUUUGCGCUGUACACCCCCGAGAGGACGCGGCAGAGGUGGCCUGUGCGCCUGGCCGCCCACACUGAGCAGGACAUGAACGACUGGCUGGCCCUGCUCAACUUGGCCUGCUGUGAGGGCCGCAGGGUCCACGGCCGCCCCUCCCCGCAGGCCAUCUGGUCCGUCACCUGCAAGGGGGACAUCUUCGUGAGUGAGCCCAGCCCGGACCUGGAGCUCCCCGAGCACCCGCUGCCCUGUGACCAGAUGUUCUGGCGGCAGAUGGGAGGCCACCUGCGGCUGGUAGAGGCCAACGGCCGGGGUGUGGUGUGGGGCAUCGGCUAUGACCGCACAGCCUGGGUGUACACAGGUGGCUACGGAGGAGGCUGCUUCCAAGGCCUGGCCAGCAGCACCAGCAACAUCUACACACAGUCGGAUGUGAAGAGUGUCCACAUCUAUGAGAACCAGCGCUGGAACCCCGUCACGGGCUACACCAGCAGGGGCCUGCCCACUGACCGCUACAUGUGGAGCGACGCCUCGGGGCUGCUCGAGUGCACCAAGGCCAACACGAAGCCUCCAUCCCUGCAGUGGGCCUGGGUUUCUGACUGGUCUGUGGACUUCAGCGUUCCUGGGGGCACUGACCAGGAGGGGUGGCAGUACGCCAGCGACUUCCCCGCCUCAUACCACGGGUACAAAACCAUGAAGGAUUUUGUCAGGAGACGAUGCUGGGCCAGAAAAUGCAAGCUGGUGACCAGCGGGCCCUGGCUGGAGGUCGCCCCCAUUGCCCUCGGGGACGUGUCCAUCAUCCCAGAGAGCCCAGGUGCCCACGGGAGUGGGUACAGCAUUGCCCUCUGGGCCAUCAGUGACAAGGGGGAUGUGCUGUGUCGUCUGGGGGUGUCCCAGCUGAACCCUGCGGGCUCCUCUUGGCUGCACGUGGGCACUGACCAGCCCUUCACCUCCAUCUCCAUUGGGGCCUGCUACCAGGUGUGGGCCAUAGCGAGGGACGGCUCCGCAUUCUACCGGGGCUCCGUGUCCCCCUCCCAGCCGGCCGGCGAUUGCUGGUACCACAUCCCGUCUCCCCCAAAACAGAAGCUAAAGCAGGUAUCUGUGGGACAGACGUCGGUGUACGCCUUGGACGAAAAUGGGAACCUGUGGUACCGCCAGGGGGUCACACCCAGCUACCCGCAGGGCGCCAGCUGGGAGCACGUGUCCAACAACGUGCGCCACGUGUCCGUGGGGCCGCUGGACCAGGUCUGGGUCAUCGCCAACAAGGUCCAGGGCAGCCACAGCCUGAGCCGGGGAACUGUGUGUCAUCGCACAGGCGUGCAGCCCCACGAGCCCACGGGGCAGGGCUGGGACUACGGUAUUGGGGGGGGCUGGGAUCACAUCUCCGUCCGGGCCAACACCACCAGGGCCCCCAGGAGUGCUUUGCCGGAGACAGCCGGAGAGCAGAGUGGGGAGCAGAGCCUCCCCCGUGGGCCCGCGGAGGCGGUCGGCGCCCCGCGGGAGAACCUAGACCCCGUGUGCUGCUGAGGCCACCUCCCGUCACCUGGAAGCAGGUGUGGCCGGGGUGAAGGACCGCGUCUGAAGGAUCACGCAGCACGCCACUGCAGACUCGCGCCCAGGGCAGAGGCAGGCGGGGGCCUGGCCGGAGGUCGCGCACCUCGGGGCACUGGGGGGAGCAGCCCGGAAAUGUGAAGCUCUGUGGACUUGGAGGAGUCCCGGGGGGCGUGGGUGAGGACCCUUCACCCCAGCCUUGGCUCCCCCUCUACCUCCUGCCUUUCCAGGACGGGAGCCUCCUAGGGACGGCGCCACCAGGGGACAUUUGAGCCAGGAGGCCUCUCCCUGAGCCGUGAUGUCCCCGGACAGCUCCCACAGGAAGGAGCCUGGGCACCACGGCCUUUGGUCAUGUUCAGAGGGGGGCUGGCAGUUGGAAACACACACUGCAGGGCGGCGGCUCCUUCCCGCAGCUGGGAACCUGCCAGGGUCUGCGGAGGAAGAGGCUGGGAGGCCGCCCAGGCCAGGGCUCUGCCCCACCUCAGGCAGCCUUGGUGGGAGGGAGGGCCCCUCUCCCUGAUGACCCGGAGGUGAGGCAGGAGGCUGCACCUUGCCGUCACCCUGGGGUAGGAGCCAUGGCCUGCCGCCGCCAAGCACUUCCCCAGCCACUGGCUCCCUCUGCAGCUCUUCUGCUGCCUGUUCCUGCCAGUGGCCCUGCUGGCUGAACCCGCAGCUUGAGGCUGCGCCAGCUGCACCAGCCGCCCCUCCUGGCCCGGGCCCAGGCCCACCUGGCUGUCUGGAGACUCGGCCAGCCUUCCUGACCUCCCGACGGGUGCAGGUGGGGGCUGGCAGCUGCACUCUGGGCGUUUGUCACCCAGAAGCUGACCCUACGGGUGGCCUCCCUGAGCCACCCCCUCCCAAGGGGCAUCAUGGGAGCCGGUGAGGCAUUUUCUGGGGGGUGGGGGGAGACCAGGAGGCCCUGGGUCUGCAGAGCCCGGACAUAACUGAGGCGGGGUGACACUCCAGUUCACAGCUCAGCAGGUGCUCAAAAGGGCCUGGGGAGCGGCCUGCCGGGUGGUUCUGCCGACUUCCAUGGGUGGCUGGCUCACCGCCCUUCCUCAGGGCCACCCUGCCCUCUCGCCGCUGAGCACCCACUGUUUAUUUGCUCAGCAUCACCCAACCAUCUCCAUCUGUCAGAUGCUUUAUUCAGUAAAAGUUGACGC